AUGGGGCAGGUUCAGCUUCUCAUCUGCUCUUUAAAAGUUUCAUAUUUUUCGGGUUCUUCCAGCGUCGCCGCCAUGAAGAAGGUGGUUCAGCAGCUCCGGCUGGAGGCUGGGCUCAACCGCGUGAAGGUUUCCCAGGCAGCUGCAGACUUGAAACAGUUUUGUCUGCAGAAUGCUCAACAUGACCCUCUGAUAACUGGAGUGUCUUCAAGUACAAAUCCCUUCAGACCCCAGAAAGUCUGCUCCUUUUUGUAG